UCUACAUUACAUGUAUAUAUCUUGAAACUUAUUGAUGUAGUGGUGUUAAUUAUUAUUAGUGGAAUUAAUAUGGCUCCAAGCAGACCACAAAAAGUAGUGCAAAUGGUGGAACCUGUAGAAGAUGAUGGUGGUGGUGAUGGUGUUGAUGAUUUGAAGAAGAAUGUUGUGAGAGCCUUGCCAUUUUUCAAAUUAUUGAGCUAUGCUGACGUAAUAGAUUGGAUUCUGAUGAGUUUGGGAAUGGUGGGUUCGAUUGUGCAUGGAAUGGCUCUUCCUGUUGGAUACCUCUUGUUAGGAAAAGCUCUUAAUGCUUUUGGGAACAAUAUUCAUGACCAAGAUGCCAUGGUUAAAGCUCUUAAACAGGUUGUUCCGUACGUGUGGUACAUGGCCAUCGCCACAUUCCCUGCUGGGAUACUUGAGAUUGGAUGUUGGAUGUAUACAAGCGAAAGGCAGUUAUCACGCCUAAGAAUAGCAUAUCUAAAAGCAGUGCUUAGUCAAGAGAUAGGAGCAUUUGAUACAGAGCUAACAAGUGGAAAAGUCAUUAGUGGAAUAAGCAAACACAUGAGUGUCAUACAAGAUGCCAUUGGUGAGAAGUUGGGUCACUUUACCUCAAGCUGUUCAACAUUCUUUUCCGGAAUUGUGAUUGCUGCCAUAUGCUGUUGGGAAGUGUCACUCUUGUGUUUAGUGGUUGUACCGCUUAUUCUUAUGAUUGGAGCAACUUACACCAAGAAAAUGAACACCAUUUCAACGACCAAAAUGUUUUUCCAUUCUGAAGCUACAGCUAUGAUAGAGCAGACAAUAUCACACAUAAAAACAGUAUAUGCUUUUGUGGGAGAGAGUUCUGCAAUGAAAUCCUUCAGAGAGAAUAUGGAGAAACAGUUCCAAAUAAGCAAAGGGGAGGCGCUUGUGAAGGGAGUUGGAACAGGGAUGUUUCAAACCGUAAGUUUCUGUUCCUGGGCUCUCAUUGUAUGGGUUGGAGCCGUUGUCGUGACAGCCGGUAGAGCGAAGGGAGGAAACAUUAUAGCUGCAGUGAUGAGCAUCCUCUUUGGUGCCAUAUCCAUCACUUACGCGGCACCAGACAUGCAAAUAUUCAACCAGGCAAAAGCAGCAGGAUAUGAAGUUUUCCAAGUGAUACAAAGAAAGCCUUUAAUAAGCAAUGAAGCACAAGGGAGGAAGGUUACCGAGAUCACAGGCGACAUUGAGCUGAGGGAUGUAUACUUUACCUACCCAUCUCGACCGGAGAAACCUAUCCUUCAAGGACUAUCCUUGUCAAUUCCAGCAGGAAGGACAGUAGCUCUAGUUGGUAGCAGUGGUUGUGGAAAAAGCACUGUUAUUUCCCUGGUUAACAGAUUCUAUGACCCUGCUAGAGGAGAAGUUUUUAUUGAUGGUCACAAUAUCAAGGAUCUUGAUCUGAAGUUCCUUCGGAGUAAUGUAGGGCUCGUUUCCCAAGAACCGUCACUGUUUGCAGGCACCAUCAAGGAUAACUUGAAAGUGGGGAAAAUGGAUGCAGAUGAUCAAGAGAUACAGAAGGCAGCUGAAAUGUCAAAUGCACACACUUUUGUAUCUCAGCUGCCGAAUCAGUACUUAACAGAGGUAGGACAAAGGGGAGUUCAAUUAUCAGGAGGCCAGAAACAGAGAAUUGCAAUAGCAAGAGCCAUUCUUAAGAAUCCUCCCAUCCUUUUGCUUGAUGAAGCAACUAGCGCCCUUGACACCGAGUCAGAAAAGCUGGUUCAAGAAGCACUUGAAACAGCCAUGCAGGGAAGGACUGUCAUCUUGAUUGCACACAGACUCUCAACAGUUGUAAACGCAGAUAUGAUUGCUGUAGUAGAGAACGGACAAGUUGUAGAAACAGGCACACACCAGAAUUUGCUCGACAAAAGCGAUUUCUAUAGGGCAUUAUAUAGCAUGCAGAACCUUGAAACAGCUCCUGAAUCCAGCACCACAAUUUCCAAAAGCAAGAGUACACACCAAGGAGAUUCUACUGAUGAAGCUAAAGUCUCAGAGAAGCAGAGAGAGACUCAAAUAAAUCCCAUGGAGGAUUCUGAGCUAAAGGGACAAGAGACAAGAAAAAGAAAUAUAUUUUUCAGAAUCUGGUUUGGUCUGAAACCGAGGGAGAUGGCAAAGAUUGCUUUUGGCUCAGCUGCAGCAGCUUUCUCUGGUGUGUCGAAGCCAGUUUUCGGGUACUGCAUCAUCACUAUUGGAGUUGCAUACUUCGAUCCUGAUGCAAAAAGGAAGGUUGGCUAUUAUUCAGCCUUCUUCUCUGCAAUAGGGCUGCUUUCAUUACUCAGUAACACAAUCCAGCAUUACUUCUAUGGAGUAGUUGGAGAAAAGGCCAUGGCGAAUUUCAGACAUGCUCUAUAUAAAGGUGUGCUCCGUAACGAAGUAGGCUGGUUUGAUAGAUCUGAUAACACGGUUGGUUCAUUAACUUCGCGAAUCAUCAGUGACACUGCCCUGGUCAAAAUCAUAAUUGCUGAUCGGAUGGCUGUGAUUGUGCAAUGCAUUUCCUCCAUAUUGAUAGCAACAGGUGUGAGCAUGUAUGUCGACUGGAGAAUGGCUUUGGUAGCUUGGGCUGUGAUGCCUUGCCACUUCAUAGGCGGUCUCAUUCAAGCAAAGUCUGCCAAAGGCUUUUCAGGUGACUAUGCUGCUUCACAUUCUGAGCUUGUUGCUCUUGCAUCCGAGUCUGCAGCCAACAUAAGGACUAUAGCGUCAUUUUGCCAUGAAGAACAUGUAAUCAUGAAAGCAAAGACAUCUCAGGAAAUUCCAAUGAGAAAGUACCGGAAUGAAAGUAUCAAAUACGGGAUCGUUCAAGGCUUCUCCCUUUGCUUGUGGAACAUUGCACAUGCUGUUGCUCUGUGGUAUACAACAAUUCUAGUUGAAAGACGUCAAGCCACCUUUAAAAAUGGAAUACGAGCAUACCAAAUCUUUUCUCUCACUGUUCCCUCUAUCACAGAAUUAUAUACACUCAUCCCAACUGUCAUCUCAGCUAUCAAUGUACUAACCCCAGCAUUCCAAACGCUUGAUCGGAAAACCGAAAUCGAACCAGAUACACAGGAUGAUUCCCAACCGGAGAGGAUCCUAGGAGAAGUUAAAUUUGAACAUGUAAAAUUCAACUACCCUUCAAGACCUGCAGUCACUGUUCUGGACAACUUCAGUUUACAAAUUGAAGCUGGAUCAAAGGUGGCUUUUGUAGGACCAAGUGGUGCAGGAAAAUCCUCUGUUUUGGCCCUUAUACUAAGAUUUUAUGAUCCAGGGGCAGGAAUGGUAUCAAUCGAUGGGAGAGAUAUACGGGGAUAUAAUCUAAGAUGGCUGAGGACUCAAAUAGGGCUAGUACAACAAGAACCACUUCUUUUUAACUGCUCUAUAAGAGACAACAUUUGCUAUGGACACAAUGGGGCUUCUGAAAGUGAAAUAGUGGAGGUUGCCAGAGAAGCAAACAUACAUGAAUUUGUAAGUAAUCUACCAGAUGGAUAUAACACGGUUGUUGGGGAAAAAGGGUGCCAGCUUUCAGGAGGUCAAAAGCAAAGAAUAGCCAUUGCCAGAACCUUGCUAAAGAAGCCUGCAAUUUUACUCCUAGAUGAAGCAACAAGUGCUCUUGAUGCUGAGUCGGAAAGAACUAUUGUGAGCGCUUUAAAAGCAAUAAAUCUCAAGGAGGACAGUGGCUUGUGUUCAAGGACUACCCAGAUUACGGUAGCUCACAGGCUUUCCACAGUAAUAAAUUCGGAUACCAUAAUUGUCAUGGACAAGGGUAAGAUUGUAGAGAUGGGAUCCCACUCAACCCUAAUAACAACUGGGGAAGGACUCUAUUCGAGGUUAUUCAAGCUACAGAGCUUUGAUGAAUCCUCAUCGCAGCGGGAUGUAUCACACCAAGUAUUUGGUUCUCUGCAACUCAAGGAAGAUACUAUCAAUUGUCUUGAGUUUUUCUGUCUCCUCCUCACUGGCAAUACCAGAAUCAACAAAACACAACUGAAAUAAACAGGACCAUCAAUCCUAAUGAUUUAUUGGUGCAACACAAUUAUACAUUUCUGUUGAAAGAAGAAAGACAUGGUAUUGUCGCUUCUUCAAUGUAUGCAUUCCUCUUUUUUAUAGUUUUUGCCAUCCAACUUUGUUCCUAAGUGAUCUUUCAAGAGUAGCCGUACUCUACAUGUUAGAUACUUCAU